AUGUAUGAAUGUAAUCCAGUGGAGAAGUCUAUCAAUAGUUCCUCAGUUUCACCACUUCCUCCUUGUGUCAAAAACAUUUGUAAUAAAUAUAGGAAGAUUUUGAAAUACCCUUUGUUACAUACACAGUAUGGGAGAACACACAUUAGAGAAAAAUCAUACAAAUGUAAUGACUGUGGAAAGGCUUUUAGCAAAAGUUCGAACCUCACUAAUCAUCAGAGAAUUCAUUCUGGACAGAGACCUUACAAAUGUAAGGAGUGUGGCAAAGCCUUUAACCAGUGUUCAAACCUCACUAGGCAUCAGAGAGUCCAUACAGGAGAGAAACCAUAUCAAUGUAAUAUAUGUGGCAAGGUCUGUAGUCAAAAUUCAAAUCUUGCAAGUCAUCAGAGAAUGCAUACUGGAGAGAAACCUUACAAAUGUAAUGAAUGUGGUAAGGCAUUUAUCCAGCGUUCACACCUUUGGGGUCAUGAAAGAAUUCAUACUGGAGAGAAGCCUUACAAAUGUAGUGAAUGUGACAAAGCCUUUGCUGAGCGUUCCAGCCUUACCCAACAUAAGAGAAUCCAUACUGGAGAGAAGCCUUACAUAUGUAAUGAGUGUGGCAAAGCUUUUAAGCAGUGCUCACAUCUCACUAGACAUCAGAAUAUACAUCCUGGAGAGAAACCACACAAAUGUCAUGUGUGUGGCAAGGCUUUUAUCCAAAGUUCAAGUCUUGUGGAACAUCAGAGAAUUCACACUGGAGAAAAACCUUACAAAUGUAAUAAAUGUGAUAAAGCUUUUAUCAAACGUUCACACCUUUGGGGUCAUCAGAGAACUCAUACUGGAGAGAAACCUUACAAAUGUACUGAAUGCGGCAAAGCCUUUACUGAACGUUCAAAUCUUACUCAGCAUAAGAAAAUCCAUACUGGA